AAAGGAGAAAGGAGAAACGAGAAAGGAGAACAACGGAGAACCAACCAUCCAACCAACGUGUCCCGCUUUUUCUACGGUUCUGUUCCUCGGACGACUUUCCAAUCCAACGGCCCCCACGCCACCCCGGCGCCAUCCGAAGGCCCGCAACGCCCUCGCCCAAUCGACGGCUGAGAUUGCACGGCCCUGGCGGGAAAACGAAAAAUCAGAUAAGGAUAAAAAAAAGAAAUGAAUUCCAGAUAUUUUUUUUUCUAUUUUUAUUAUUUACUUUUUUGUUGUUUUUAUUAUUAUUUUUUUCCGGGGGAGAGGGUAUCCCAUGUUGGAUAUGACAACACCGACGGGGAAGGGCGCCUGCCAUACCGAGGUGCGCCCCACCACCUCUCUGCUGCGGAUUUCCGGUUUCCGUUACGUUCUUUUCUUUUACGUUACUUUUUUAUUUUUGUUUUGCCUGUUCUGACCUCCUUUCCUUACUCUAAUUACUACGUUGCCACUGUUUUAAUAAUAAAUAUGAAAGUAGUUGUUGAGACAAAAAAAAAAAAAAAACACUUUUUAUCUUCAAUUUUUUUAAAAAAUAACUAUAAAAAUGUUACAUUAUUUUUGAACAUUCUUUAAAAUUUUGGACAAAAGACACUAUACUCCUUCAGAUCUAAUAAAAAGAUAAUGACUUUUCUUAAAAUUUUAAAAAUUACAUUCAUCUUCCAUGAGUUUUAAAUAUGACAGUAGACAUCACUUAAAUUUUAUUAAAAAAAUUCAAAUUUUUUCUAAAAAAAAUUAAUUUUUUAAUAAAAAAUGCAAGAAAAUAUUUGUAUUUUUUUACCAAAUUUUAGAUGUGAUCUUUAAAAUUAUUGAAAUAAUAGGGAGGGUUUCUGAAUUUUUUGAAACUUGAGAAUAGACUAUUAUUUCUUUUUUAAUUAAAACUCAAGAAAAGUCGAUACCUUUUAUCUUAUAAUUUUUUAUAUAAUUUUUUAAAAAAAAUUAAAAAUGAUGUGAUUGAAAAAAAAUAGAGAUGUGCUUUGAGGAGUACAUAGGAUCAUAAAUUAAUUGUUGAGUUUCUAAAAUAUAAGAUAGUUCAAUGAUGAUGGUUGGAGUUUGAAUUUAAAAAUAUCACCUAAUCAUUGUGGGUUUUAUAAAAAAUUGAAUUGUAGACUUGUAGUAUAACAGCGAAUUUUUAUUUUAAAUUUUGAUACUUCUCAUCUAGGGGUUUUUUUUAAUUGAGAUUUUACAAAAUUUUCUUCGAGAGUAACACUUUUGUCAAAGUUAGCUCGAGUUCAUCUCAAUUAUUUAUUUUUUUAAAUUUUAUUUUAUCAUAUCUUAUACAUUUGAAAUAAACAUAUUCAUUCAACAUUCAUUAAAAUUGAAUUUGUGAAUCAUAUAUUUGUUAUUUCUCUUUUUAAUAAAUAUUGUGAUUGAAAUGCAAAUAAAUAGAGCCAACAAAAAUUGUAAAUUUUUUAAAAGUACAAACUUAAAAAAACAAUUAAUUUUUUGAGAAUCUAUAAUAAUUGAAAAUGAAAUAAUGCAAAUGUUCCUAAUUUAUAAAUAAAUAAUAAAAUAAGACAAAUGAGUCAAUGGGUUUUUUUUUUGUUUUUUUCAUAUGUAAGACUAAAUAGAAGAAUUCAAUAAAAUUAAUUUUUAAUUAUAUUCAUUUCAAAUUACAUUACUAAAAUUCGGAUUGAAAUUGAUUAAAUUACUACUAGUUAAUGAGACAUAUGCUUACUUUAUAAUUUUUUUUAUAACGGUAAAUAAUUUUCAAAAUUUUUUUGUAGAAAGUUGCAAACAAUUUUUUCUAUUUAAAAUCAUCAUGAUUUUUUUUAAGUUAUAGAUAGAAUUACAUGAAAAAAAUGUGUGACAUUACUUAAAAAAACCAAUUAAAAAUAAAAGCUGAAUAGUUGAAUAAACAUUAAACCAAAAUCACAUAAUAAUUAAAUAGGCAUGAAUUUUUAAUGAUGGAAAAAAAUUAAUAGCUUCUGAAGGCCUCAUGAAAAAUUAAAAAAAAUCAUCAAAACAACAAGGAACAAAUAAAAAAAAAAAUUAACUUUUUUAUGCUACAUUUUUUAAAAAUAAAAUUCAAAAAAAAAAAAAAAAGGGAGGAAAAUGAAACGGGAGGGGCAGUUUGGUCAUUUAGAAGAGGAGACAACGUCAUCUACUGAAGUAGUCAAGCAGUCAAAACCCCGUAAGCACUUACAAUGCCCAACCGCUAGUGGUAUUGCAUCAUACCGCAACGCGAGCUCCCACCGCUUGAUUGGGGUCCCCAUCGCCUUACGUGGCACGAUUCUAUUGGUCAAUUUCAGGUCGUCGGGAUUCAGAACAGCUACAAUAAAGAAAGAAAAGAAAACCAGUCACUCUCAUCUUCUCUCUGUCUCUCUGUAAUCUUCCAUCACUCUCUCUCUCUCUAACAUUGUGUUUUCUCUGCACCAAAAUUUCCCAUUUUCUCCUCAAUUCCUCGAUUUUGUGCUCCUGAAAGCAUCGAAUACGGAUUCUGCAAUGCGCGAUCUUCCGAUUGCGUGCAGUUUCGAGACCUGAGGCUCGAGUUUUCUGUGGGGUUUUCCGCUCACAAAGCAAAGCAGACACACUGAGAGCGUCAAUGCUUGAAGCAGUGGAGAGUUCCGUCAAUGGCGGAUUCUCGCAGUUGCAGAGCUGUGGGGAGAGUAGCGAAGAGGAGCUCUCUGUUCUUCCUCGCCACACCAAGGUCGUCGUGACUGGAAAUAACCGGACCAAGUCGGUGCUUGUAGGCCUCCAGGGAGUGGUGAAGAAGGCCGUUGGGCUAGGUGGCUGGCAUUGGCUGGUCCUUACGAAUGGAAUAGAGGUAAAGCUACAGAGAAAUGCUCUUAGUGUGAUUGAAGCCCCCACUGGCAAUGAGGAAGAUGAAGACCUUGAGUUUGAAAAUGUGCAAUGGAAUGGCUCAGAUAUGGCAUCUGAUGACACACAAAAGUCACAUAGGUCAAGGCAUCGAACACAUAAAUCUUCAGGGUCAUCUCACAAAACUGUUAGCCGGACUCUUUCAUGUGAUUCACAGUCUAAAGGAUCUGUUUCUACUCCACGGGGUUCCACGAAGGUUGACCUUAGCAAAUUAGAGAUGGCUGCAUUAUGGAGAUAUUGGCGACACUUCAACCUUGUGGAAGCCUUCCCCGACCCAUCUAAAGAGCAACUAAUUGAUGUUGUCCAAAGGCAUUUCAUGUCGCAGCAAAUGGACGAGCUGCAGGUGAUUGUGGGGUUUGUGCAAGCUGCAAAGAGACUGAAAACCGUGUGCAAAUGACCCUUCGACACCAGUCAGCAAUUGAGGGUGAUCUUUUGCAUUUGGUCAAUAUUGACGCAAGCUAACAGAUACCACCGGGUACUCUGAUGCCCUCUUCUCUCUUCUGGUGAUAAUAUCUGUAAUAUACAUACAUAUAUGUAUCCCUAAGGCGUGCUUUACCUUUUUUUUUUUUUUCCUCAUCUGGGUUUCAGUUAGUAGGUUGCUAUUUAUGCCAUCCCGAGUUAUAGAGGUUUUCCCCUUUCUUCUCGGUAGUUUAAUAUAGUUAUGUAGAUAUAUGUGAACUUUGGGAAGAGAUGUUCUCCAAGGGAGCCCUGCGGCUUCCAAGUGCUUGGUUGAAUGUAUUACUGACUGGAGGGAAGGUGGGCUUUUUCUGUUUUUCGUUUUUUAAAUGUAUAUUCUUUAGUUCUCUGCAGCCCUAAAUCCUUGUUUGACAACCAUUAUAAUGAAUGUUUGAUGGGGUGAAUGGUUUGAUGGAAACCAUGCCCAUUUAAUGUGAGUUUGCUUAAUUA